AUGGCGGAACCAUCAAGCUCCGGGCUCCACCGCAUGCUGGACUCCAUUGGGAAAUGCGCGGGACAUUCGGGUUUCCGCGAGUGGAAGAUCAAGCUUCGACAAGCAAUCAUCCUCCACGCGCCGGAACUUCUCCCCGUCCUCAACGGAAACGCGCGUCCUUCGGCGACCGCGGCGAACGCGGAGGAUGUGGCCGCGUGGGACAAGGCCAACGGUCGCCUGUUCUCCCUCCUCUUCUUCGUGACCUCCGGGUCUGCGCAGCUCACUGUCCGCACUCACGAAGGGGCGGCGGAUAGUGACAUGGGGGAUGGGACGGCGGCCUGGAGAGCUCUCAACGAGCGUUUUGAUGCUCAAACCCAGGAAGCUCGGCGUGCGUGUCACAACGAGCUGUUCAACCUGCGACACCUUGCGGGCGGUGAUCCCAUCGACUUCUUCACAAAGGGGUGGGAUCUCAAGCUUCGCCUUAAGGAGUCGCGCAACGCGUCGGGCCCCGUGGUCUCAGGCCGGGGGGCUGCGAUGGCGGUCGCGUCCGACACCGACCAGUGCCGCCGAUGCAAGGCGUACGGACACUUUCAGCGCGAUUCUCCCCAACAGGUCCAAAAGAGCCGUCCUAAGCAGAGCAAGAAGAAGGGAGCCAACAAGCGAGGAAGUGGUGGGAGUGUACAGCCAAAGUGGUGCUCCUACCACAACACCAAGACACACAGCGAUGCUGAGUGCCAGAAGCAAAAGGAGAUCCGGGAAAACAAGCAAAAGGAGCUUGAAGGGUUGGCGGCGAACCUGGCGCUCCUGCAGUCAGCUGGCCAUGCCAACUUUAUGCAACUCUCCACUAUCGGGAGUGCUCACCUGGCGCAAAUCGUCUCCGACGGUGGCGCAGCAGGCUCCGUCAGAGCCGACUUCGUUCGGGUUCUCCUUCAACGCCCUCGGAACUUCCUUGGAGGCAACCUCGUCGUCUGCCUCUUCCCAGCCACCUCCGGCGGCGUCUGCCGCCACGCAAGCGGCACCUGCAUCUGCCUCAUCAACGUCGAGGGCGCAGGACCACCGACUGCCUUCAGUGGAGCGACAGACAACUACCUCGACCCUGGGCUUACACCAGGAUUGCGGGCUCACAUGCGCGACGUCGAACACCUUCGGGUCCCACACACGAUCGUCGCCGCGGGCCAGCAUGUCCUCAAAGGCGUUACGACGGGGACUAUCUUCGGGGCCGUCACGGACGACAAUGGGAACGACCGGCACGUCUCCUUUCGCGUCAUCUUGGUACCAGGGCUGGGCACCAACCUCUUCUCCGUGACAUUGGCGAUGCUAAAAGGGGUGGCGACGUUGUUUCAUCCGGACAACCCCAGGUUGGAGUCAGGGGACGUGGUUUUCCCAAUGCAGACCCUCGGGGUGGACGCCACGACCGGAAAACGCAUCUACUCCAUCGAGGUAAAGCUAGGGGGUGAACCCGAGGGCCCGACGGUCCUCGGAGACGCGCCUGAUGCCCUCGCCUUGAAGGUGGAGUCCGCUGAUCUCUGGCACCGGCGCAUGGGUCACAUCAACGGUAAGAACUUGGACGUUCUAAGGAAAGAACAGGUCAACGGCGUCGACUACAUCGGAGACGUGAAGUACUGUAGUGUCUGCCCGCUCGGAAAGAGCGCACAACAACCUCACCCAAAGCAGGCCACCUACGGCGUCCUGCGCCCCUUCCAGCACGACACCCUUAGCCCCUUCACACCUACGGCGUUGGGCGGAUCCAAGUACGCCACCAAGUUCGUGGACCAGCAGACCAAGUGGGCGGAGAUAGUUCUCAUGAAGGACAAGACCUGUUCUGUCAACGGCGUCGACUACAUCGGAGACGUGAAGUACUGUAGUGUCUGCCCGCUCGGAAAGAGCGCACAACAACCUCACCCAAAGCAGGCCACCUACGGCGUCCUGCGCCCCUUCCAGCACGACACCCUUGGCCCCUUCGCACCUACGGCGUUGGGCGGAUCCAAGUACGCCACCAAGUUUGUGGACCAGCAGACCAAGUGGGCGGAGAUAGUUCUCAUGAAGGACGAGACCUGUUCUGUAGACUCCCUCGCGUUGUUCAAUAAAGGGACCGUGGUUCCUACCGGAGAACGCAUUCAUUGCCUCCGUGGGGAUCAGGGCACAGAAUUCACGAGUGCGAAAUUCCAGCUGAUUGCAUCGGCACUAGCCAUGAAGGACGCAGUGUUCUGUUCUAACAUGCUAACUGAGCUAGGGUUCGGUAAGGAGUUUGCGCAAGUGCGACUGUACUGCGGCAACACGGCGACGCUGCACGCGCUUGGAAACCGCUCCUUCAGCUCGAGGGAAAAACAUAUCGCACUUCGCUUCUUUUACAUCCGAGAGCUAGUAUCGGAGGGACGGAUAUCGAUCCAUUACGUCCCGACGGACAGCAACCCUGCCGACAUCGGGACAAAGCAUCUUAACAAGUAUCGGCUCAAACACCUGUUGGACAUCAUCAGCAGUUUCAACGUCAACGACUUCAUCAGCAACAAGUUCAAGUAAUCGUGUUUUUGUUUGUGUGUUUGUUACGAAUUAUUUUUGCAUCUGUUCUGUUUGAGUGAAUCAGCGUAGUCUUUCAGUAGUCAACAUUCGGCCUCGCACCAUCACUGGUUGAACGAGCCAUGUAGGCUUGAAAGAUAUGGUGCUUUGGUUUAUGCAAGAAACAAUAGCAGGAUUCUCUGCGUGGUGCUUGAUAGCCGAGUAGCUCACUCUCUCGUGUGAUCCUUCCGGGUUGUGUUGGCCACCUAAGCGCCAGUGUUCCAAUGAAAGGACUCUCGUCUUCCAGGCUACCCUUUCGCACGUGUCAUAACCUCGACUAACGUCGACGGCACAGCCUCUACACCACUGUGCCAGGGUAUUACAUAAUAUCCAUAAUAGUUUUGUCCCACCGUCAAGCUGGGGGAAUAUGAUUUUAAAAUACAUGUCAGGAUAGAAUCCCUCAUGUCGCUUUCGACAAACCAACCUGCCAAGUCAACGACGUGGACCUACGGUAGACUUAACUUGGGCAUGUGCAGCGUGAUACCGUUGGUCAACAACACACAUUUAGGAGUUGUCGAAACCCAGACCGUCGUUGGGAGUGCAAUCGAGAAAGAGAAAAUGAAUCAUUCUUCACGCGACGGUUGCAGACGGUUCCAUUUGAGAACAAAAUCCAGUCCAAUUUGGUCGACGACCUACAUCUCAUGCCUCCAGGGACAUGCGAAGGGAACCCGAUG